CCUUUAAUAUGUCUGUGCUCAGGGGCCGAUUGUCUAAUAAUCCGCCCAUGGUUUUCGAUGCUGCAGCUACUCUGCAAAGCAUCCCACACUGGUCAACCUAAAAAAAACGUCAGCACGUCCUUACGUGCCCUGCUCAAGUGGAGAUGUUGCGUUUAAAUGCUCCACGGACACAGUCAGCUCUUGGCGGAAUUUCACAAUAAUACAUGUUAACUGUGAUUUACUUUCCAUUUAGCCAGUAAAAAUACGAUUUAACAAAUAUAUUAUAAAAAUGGUAACAAAAUGGUGAAGGCUGGUGAAAAUGUAAAAACACUUGCUCGUGCUUUGUAAGGGGAUUAAUGGAAAUUCCUGCAGCACAUGAAGGCAACGUUAUUUAUUUUUUUGCGUAUGUGGUCUCCCUGUGCAAACGAUGAAGAAAACAUGGUGAUGUUAUGAGUUUGGGGACGAUGCAAACCUUCUUGGAGACAGUGCAGCCGGACAAACCCUCUGGUCGCACCUCCUCACGCCCUCGGUGUGUUGCAAUUGAACGAUGCACGCUGCAGUUUCUGGAUCCGGCUGGUGCUGUAUGAUGAGAAAGGAGAUCGAGAAUAACGGAGCACAGCUGACAGCAGGCGGGUCUACCGACAACACACGGUCGCAUGUAAUGUGUCAGAGUCUUGUGUGGUCGCAAAGCUAACCGCAAAGCUGCAGCAGAAAGGCGGUCAGACAGCGGAAAGCAGGUGGGCCAGAGAUGGGAAAUGACUCCGCACUGCUCCACAUCCCGCCCGAGCGAAGGAGGGUAGCCCUGCAGGGAAAACAUCCUCGGGGAGAAAACAGUGUUUGGUAAACGCUGUUUUGACACCUUUUUACGACAGAGCAUCCGACUCCCGAGCGGUGCUAGCUUGUGUUGCCGUGUUGAUAUUUGUGUCCCAUCACUUUGCAGACAUGUCCUUCACAAUGGAGGAUAAUUUGGAGUCGGGCUGGGUAGCCGUCCGCCCCAAUGCGUUUGAGGAGAAGGAGAAGCAUAAAUUUGUGUUUAUCGUGGCCUGGAAUGAAGUGGAGGGUAAAUUUGCCAUUACGUGUCACAACAGGACGGUGCAGAGGAGAAGCUUUGGCAGGGACCCACCGGCGGAGGCGACUGCACAGGAAGGGGACAAAACAAAAUGGCUCGAAAGUCCCGUCAGAGAUAAAGUGUCCAGGAGCCCGAGCAGAGGAGCCAAGGAGGCUUUGGUGAGAGGCUGCAGCCCGAAGAAGGCAACAAAACCGAGCCCUGUUAAAAUUCAGUCUCCUGUUAGUCCUGAUACAGAGGUGUUGAAAUCACUAAGAGAGGACCCUCUGUCCCCGUCACUGGACAGCUUGGACCUGGAGGAGCUGGACAGUCUGAGCAGGGAGGACUGCAGCUGGGCCGGACUCUUCUCCUUCCAGGACCUCCGCUCCAUCCACCAGCAGCUGUGCUCGGUGAACUCGGACCUGGAGCCCUGCCUCCCGGUGUUCCCGGAGGAGCCCGCCGGGAUGUGGACGGUGCUGUUCGGCCCGGCGGAAGUCCCCGAGACCGAGAUGGACGAGCUCUGCUACAGUUUACAGAGGUACCUGGGCCACGCGCUCGAUACGUGCGGAUGGAAGAUCCUCUCGCAGGUGCUGUUCACUGAAAACGAUGACCCGGAUGAGUACUAUGAGAGUCUGAGUGAGCUGAGGCAGUCCGGGUACGAGGAGGCGCUCAACCGUGCAACCAAACAUCUGCAAGAGCUGCUGGAUAAGCACAAGACCAUGGACAGUAUGGUGGAGCUGUUGGAGCUGUAUGAGGAGGAAGACGAGGUCUACGGAGGCCUGCUGGAGGCCUCCACACAGCUGUACCAGUACCUGCUGCAGCCCUUCAGAGACAUGAGGGAACUAGCAAUGCUACGCAGACAGCAGAUCAAGAUUUCCAUGGAGAAUGACUACUUGGGCUAUUAGAUCCAAAAGCAGAUAAGAGAGUGGCUGCAAGUGCAAACUGGAAUGAAAGAAGCUGUAGUGUCCAAAUAACACAUCACUUUGAACUGUGUGGAAAUAUCACUCAGCCCCUGUGCACUGCCUUCUGUUGAUCGUGUAUGUGUAGGGGUGUAUGAGCGUAUGAAGGUGGACCAGCGCAAGUUUGGUAAGUCUUCAUGGACCGCUGCGGUGGAGCGCAUGGAAAGACUCCGCUACUCUGUCGCCAAGGAAACUCUACAGCUCCAGAGAGCCAGGGAGAUCUGUCUGGAGCAGAGGAAACACACACUUCGAGAGGAGAUGCAGAGUCUGUGUAGCAGUGAGGAUGCCAUGGCCCUCUUAGACCACAUGGAGACACAGUACUAUGAGCUCCAGCUCCAACUGUACGACAUCCAGGCUGAGAUACUACAGUGUGAAGAGCUGCUCCUCACUGCUCAACUAGACAGCAUUCGCAGACAGAUGUCAGAGCGCCGGGAUGAGGUGGUGUACUAUGACACCUUUGAAAGUGCAGAUGAUAUGAAAGGGGACGAUACUGCUGAGAGGGAAGAGCUGGGCCGACUUCAGGUCAGCGCUCGACAGCUGGAGGCUAGAAGGGGCCGCAUCACUGCCAAGCGCUCCUAUCUGAGGAACAAAAGGGAGAUCUGUGUAUCCAGCCACACUCAGAAACAGCUAAAACGUCAAAGCAUCCACAAGGACUCUAUAUCCCACCAGGUCUUACAGCUGAAAAAUGAAGAACAGGAAGACGAGGAGAGGAAGAGCAGCAGAGUUAGUCAGGAGAGACAGAGAACUCUGGACAGGUUACGCACUUUCAAACAGCGGUACCCAGGUCAGGUGAUUCUGAAGUCCACUCGACUACGCGUGUCCCACACCAGAAGAAGAGAGCGUGGAAGGAGCAUGGAGAUGUACAGCGUCAGUGAGAGAGAGGAGCGAGUGGACAGUGUCCAGACGCAGGGACAGCCGCUGUGUCUCAGUACCAGUGUGCAGACGGACCCCAGCUCCACGCUCACCACUCAGCCCGUUACGGUCCUCACCGCGUCCCUUCCUCCUCUACCUGUGCCCAGUCCUGCAGACUCCUCCUGCUCACCCUGCUCCCUGUCCUCACUGCUAGCAUCCCCUAUGUCUCCUCCUCCUCCACCUCCCCCUCCACCUCCUCUGCCGAUAAAGGAGGAGGUGUCGCCCUCUGGGAGCCCUGGUCGGCACGGGCAGAAGAUUGAUGGGAAGAAUACAGCAGAAGAGCUCUCCCUCUCCCCACUUGGUCCGUUUAUCCCUCGCUUCUUUGACAGUAGCCAACUGGUGAGCGCCCGCAAAAAGCUGAGGAAGACUCCAGAGUUUGACUCCCACAGCAGAAGAGUGAGCUCGCCCAUGGACGAGGUGCUAGCCUCCCUGAAGAGAGGCAGCUUCCACCUGAGGAAGGUCGACCAACGGUCUCUGCCACCUUCGACGGGCGAUGAUGACCCCAACAGCAUCCUGGCUCAGAUUCGCAAGGGGGUCAAACUGAGGCGUGUCCCUAGGAAAGAGAGAAAGGAUCAGGGAGAGCUCCCAGCUUCCACGGACCCCCUGACGAGGAGCAUCCACGAGGCGCUUCGCCGCAUAAAGGAGGCCUCGCCGGAGUCUGACUCCGAUGACGACGGGCUGGCCGGCCAUGAAUGGGAAAGCUAGAGGCUCAUCAAAUAAUACGCACACAGAUGCCUGCAUUAUCUGGCACUGCAUGCACUGUACUGUACUGUAAAGUGCUGCGUCGUACUGCACACUCACACGCACAAACACUCAUUCACUCAUAGGCAAGCACACACAGUCACACGUGUACCUAGUGACUACGCCGGAGCUUGAGUUAUUGCAAAUAUCACCAACUCACCAAAUGCUCCAAAGUCCUGAUGGUCAACCUGCUCAUUCAUUUUUCACACUACAUUCACCAUCAUCAAGGAAGUGGUUUGUGUUUUUAUUUGUACUGUAUGUUUCUGUGGUUUUAUUCCUGUAAUCAGAUUUAAAUGUUAAAAAGCUCUGCACUGGCCUUAUGCGGCUGCAUUAAACAUUCAGAAACAGCACACAUUUUACACCAACACACUGCACUGACUGAAAACUGAAAACCUCAUACGGAGAGCUAUUGGUGCUGUGAGGUCUGUGACUUUUUUUGCCCCCAAAGCAUUAGAAAAGACAAACUGUAACACAAAUAUGUAAUGGGUAUGGCUGAUCAUUUGGGAUCACGUGGGGAAAAGCACGAGAUCCCACAGAGAUUUGAACUGGAUAUACCGUCCAGAUUGUGCGCCAUUACACCAUCACCCCUGCUGACGCUCUCUAUUUUCACUCCACCAGUGUACUAUGACUGAGCCACACGAUGCUGCACAGCUGGUUUUGUCCCGUCACAUGCGGCUGCGCUAGUGUCAGACAGUAUAAAGACCACCGCUCUUCUAAUCUGACGCUGCACAAAGACUGUAAAUCCUUCAGUCUGUCACACCAGAUCCGCGCCCCUCCCCCGCUCUUGUCCUCCUCCGACCUUCACCUCCCCCAGCUCUCACCCCCUCUCCGGGUGAGGGAAUAUGUAUCGACCCAUCUGUUCGACCGCAGCAUAUGGCCGAGCUGGUGGGAGAUGCAGAGAGUCACAGUAGGUUUAUCAUUUGAUGCCACAUCUAACAACAUCUCUGAGCAGAAGCUGGUCAGCCAGAGAGGGAGAGGAUGAGAUGAAGGGUCACCUGCAGAGCUGCGGAGUGUCUUUAGCGGUCACGGUUUGUGUCAGUAAGCUUUGUAAAGUGUGGGCUCAGUUGGUUGGUGAUAACUGAACUUCGUAUGUGGGAUAGACGCGGCAGAGAUGCGCUCGUUUGAAUGAUGGAUGGUUUGUGGGAGGCUCGGUUCUCUCAGCGCCGUAGGGAGUCACUGUGGGCUGAGGAGCGGGCGGUCGUGAUGGAUGCGGUUUCUGCUGCCAUCUUAUUCGCUUUCUCUCCUCUCCUCUGUUGCAUCUUUCCUAAUUUCUUUCUCUGCGCUCAGUGGGCAGAAGCGCGCAGUAGGAGGCCUGUUACUCACAGAGCUGGAAGAGAAAACGUGCCCGCGCACACACGGACCCGCGCGCUGAGCUAAUAGCAGACACGUGCCGAAACAUUUUAAGUGGUAAAGUGAGCCCACAGCCGCUUUUCAAGAAAUGGUUUCAGCACUUUCAUGAUACAUAGCACUUAUUCUAAAAUCACUUUAUCUGUACAGAAAUUCCUUUUUUUUUUAUCACUGGCGAAACGUUAUAUCUGUAGUAAGUUUAAAAGCACUGAAGGACAUGUGGAGCUGGACCUACAGAGGUGUGAUGGAAGGGGCGGCACGAUGCUUAGCAGCAGAGGAAUCACAUACAUGUUAACAUAAAGCUAAAGAUGUGAAUUCAUAAACUAAGGUCUGAGUCUGUAACAGCCUCAGCGUGCACUGGCUUAAACAGCUUUGAUGCAAAGAUUUUUCUCUUGUUCUCGUGAUGAGAGCCAUCCACAGAUUUAUCAUGAAGCAGGCACCAAUGCAGAAAGCAUAAGAAUGGAAGUAUAUGUUACAUUAUACAGCUUGAAAAUAGCUCAGUGCAACAAGAGAGUUUAGUAUUUUCCCCGCCGAGUAAACCUGAGGCACUUUUACACGUCUUCUGUCACUGUCAGCACAUGGUACCAUGUCCAUGGUACCCUCAUCAUGUAGCAUGAGACAGAGCUCUAGCCCUGACCUGAUGUUUAACCUAAAGGAAUAGCCACAAAAUGAUAAUUUGUGUAUCAACUACUCACCAUGUGUUAUGUUUAAUUUGUAAAAAAAAAAAACAAACAAAAAAACGUUAUGAGCAAAGAAUCCAAAAACAGGAAAUUCUUGAAGUAAAAGUGGUCCUCUUUAAACAACAGCAGAACUAUAUGAAAAUGUCAGUUACUCAUACUCAAUUAGCAGUAUAAUCCUAGUCUCAUUUAUCCAGUCUUAUACCCAGUAAUUCUAAAACAGACAGCCUUUUCUGAUGGGGAACUGAUCUACAAGUGAAAUUUAACUAUGCUCUCAUCAGAGCCAAACUUUAUUGACGAAACAGUAAUUUUACAUCACUGAACAGGGGAGCUGUUGGCUUACCUCUGCCUCGAUUUGUAGUUUGUGUUAUUGUGUGACUUUUUUUUUAAAGAUUAGUUUUAACAAACCAAAGUCACACAGUAACACUCACUAACUAACUGAUAGAGGCAGUGGCAGACCAGCAGCUCCCAUGUUCAGCAAGGUAAAAUUAUUGUUUUUGUCUAUGGAGUUUGGCUUUUAAGAGAGACAAGUUUCACUUUUAGUUCAGUUCCCCAAAGGAAAAAGCGAUCUGUUUGGGAAGUACUGAGUAUACAACUGGAUAAAUGAGAUUUGGAUUAUACUGUAUGUGAUGUGUUAGAGUUUGUAAACAGAUGUUUUCCUGAUGGACCCCUUUUACUCCAAUUAAUGAAGAAUUUUCUCUGUUUUUGGAUUCUUCGUUCACUGUGGAGGCAUGCAAGAAACGCCUAGUUUUCUUCACAUAUUCAGUUGUAAGACAGGAUGAGUCACCGAUACAAUGAUUAUUUUGUAGUAUUCCUUUAAACUUAACCCAGACCUUACCUGACUUGAUGUCACUAUAACUGACCAGAGUAAAGUUUCCCAAAAAAUUGUUUGUGCUAAGGUUCAUGUUGCCCCGCUACAAAAAUGAUCUAUAGUGAUUUCAAAUCUUUUGGGAAACUGAGCUCAGAAUGUGACACCUUUGCCAUCAAUCAGCCAUCUAUCACCUUACUGACCUUUGGGACACACUGUCAUGUGAUUUACACUGAUCCUUAUCUAUAAAUAACCUUAACACAGCUUGUUUGUUAGCUCACUGUAAUUUUUUGUUGCAUUCCAUUAUCUGUAUCCUGUUUUUUUUUCUCCAAAGCAUUUCCAGCCAAAACGUUUGUGAUGUCUUUGCUUCUAAACAUUUUCUUACGUAGACCUGUUAUCCACACAGGCUGACAUGACCCGCUGUCUGAACAAUCCAGUCAGACACAUGAAAAGUGCAAUAUCAAAACAGAGAAAUACAAGAAAAGGGAUGAAACAAGUAAAUGGGUGAUAAUGAGUUCAGAUUGAUUGCCUAAAACAGUGGACUUAUUAAACGUUGCAGUUGUUUUUACACAGUAGUGUAAUGAGCAUACUGUUCCAAGAAUACCUUUUUGCCUUUAGUCCUACCAUUUUCAUUUAUUCAAACCUUUUUUUUUUAUUUACAACCUUGCCCCUGCAUUUGAAUAAAACCUUGUGAAGCAAA